CACCUAACCCACACCUCCCUUUCCUGUCUUUCUGCUUCCCCAACAAAAAGCGGUCUCAAAAUGCUUACCAAACCACAAUUUACAGACCACGCACACCAGAAGACCCCAGUUGCAAUCGGAAGCCAACCCCAUGGCUUCCACCGCAAACGCAUUCUCUCGCUCUCUCUCCGCCACCAAUUCUUCCAUCUCCAAGCCUAAAGCUUUGUCCGACUACUAUCUGCGUUUUAAAAACCCUAACGCUAUAUCUUUGCGUUCGAAAACGGUAGGGAUCCCGGUGCUGAGUUUCGGCGGAAUUAGGUCGCCGAGGAUAUCUGCCAGUUCUGCUCAGGUUAUGGAUCAGUCUGUUGGUGAAGCAAGUUCUAUAGCGCCUACCGUUGUUGAAGUCGAUUUGGGCAACCGGAGCUACCCGAUCUACAUCGGAUCAGGACUUCUUGGUCAACCCGAACUACUCCAAAGCCAUGUCCAUGGAAAGAGAGUACUUGUGGUAACUAACAACACAGUAGGACCAUUAUACUUGGAUAAAGUGGUUGAUGCAUUAACAAGAGGGAACCCAAAUGUUUCAGUGGAUAGUGUGAUUUUGCCUGAUGGUGAGAAGUACAAGAAUAUGGAAACUCUUAUGAAAGUCUUUGACAAAGCCAUUGAAUCAAGAUUGGAUAGACGGUGUACAUUUGUUGCACUUGGAGGAGGUGUUAUUGGUGACAUGUGUGGAUUUGCCGCUGCUGCUUUUCUUCGUGGUGUUAAUUUCAUUCAGAUUCCUACCACUGUUAUGGCACAGGUGGAUUCUUCUGUUGGAGGAAAGACUGGGAUAAAUCACACCCUUGGGAAGAACCUUAUUGGAGCAUUUUAUCAGCCUCAGUGUGUACUCAUAGACACUGACACACUAAACACACUGCCAGAUAGGGAACUGGCAUCAGGCCUUGCAGAGGUCAUAAAGUAUGGGCUUAUACGAGAUGCCAGUUUUUUUGAGUGGCAGGAAAAGAAUAUGCCAAAAUUGAUGGGAAGGGAUCCAAGUGCAAUGGCUUAUGCUAUAAAGCGUUCAUGUGAAAAUAAGGCCGAGGUUGUAUCCUUGGAUGAGAAGGAAAGCGGAUUGAGGGCAACAUUGAACUUAGGUCACACAUUUGGCCAUGCAAUAGAAACUGGCUUUGGAUAUGGGCAGUGGCUUCAUGGAGAAGCUGUUGCUGCUGGCACGGUCAUGGCUGUUGAUAUGUCGUACCGCCUUGGUUGGAUUGAUGAUUCUAUCGUGAAACGAGUACACAACAUUCUACAACAGGCUAAGUUACCCACCGCCCCACCAGAAACUAUGACUGUGGAAAUGUUCAAGUCUGUCAUGGCGGUUGAUAAGAAGGUAGCUGAUGGGCUGCUAAGGCUUAUCCUGCUGAAAGGUCCUCUUGGUACUUGUGUAUUCACUGGUGAUUAUGAUAGGAAGGCCCUCGAUGAUACGCUCCGUGCAUUUUGCAAGUCAUGAUUCCUGUUCUGGAUAUUUUUGUUCCUAGCUCUAUGCAAUUGUUGUCUUUGUUGUGUGACUUUAUAUUUUGAUGGUCUUACCAAUAUUCUUUACUUUGGACACUUUAGCUGGCAAAAGAUGGUUAUCGAGUUUGUAAUUCAGGAAUUAUAUCACAGUCAAAAUUCUCUUCUUUUCAUUAAA